AUGGUCGAGAAGCUGGAUGACGGCAUGUGCAGUACCUCGGUCUACAGGAAGACAACGGACGAAGGACAUUGUCUCAGCGCUCAGAGCGAGUGCCCUGAGCGGUACAAGCUGAGUGUGAUCAAGGCAUUUGUCAGUCUGAAGUCCACUGAAGAAUUUCUCGACAUCCUGCGUGGUCGCAAGCUGCAAGGCUCACUGGCUUCGCUAGAUGUAGAGAGUUUGUUUACCAACGUGCCUGUUCUGGAGACAAUCGAUAUCAUCCUCGAUGUCGUCUACAGUGGGACGACUCUGCCACCGCUGAAGCUAUCGAAGAGCAUACUGAAGAAGUUGCUCUUGAUGUGCACCACCGAGGCAGCGUUCAGGGGACCUGACGGCAAGCUGUAUAGUCAGAAGGACGGCAUAGCCAUGGGGUCGCCGCUCGGACCAUUGUUCGCGAACUUUUACAUGGCCCGUCUCGAGAACACUGUGCUACAGAACAUGGACGGACCACCAGAGCUGUAUGCUCGAUACGUAGACGACAUAUUCGUCUGCGUCCGUGAUGAGGAGCAUCUGAAGACGCUGAAGACGGCAUUCGAAGAGGCUUCCGUCUUAAGGUUCACCUACGAGGUCGGCGGCAACAAGAUUGCAUUCCUCGACACCAUGGUCGAGAAGCUGGAUGACGGCAUGUGCAGUACCUCGGUCUACAGGAAGACAACGGACGAAGGACAUUGUCUCAGCGCUCAGAGCGAGUGCCCUGAGCGGUACAAGCUGAGUGUGAUCAAGGCAUUUCGAAGACUGUGGGUGUUGGAGGCGCUGUACAUCCGUGAGUACUCGCCUCACAUCAACAAGCAGCUCUACAAGUCGGGGUGCACGACACUCACGCUUUGGAGCUGA